AUGGGUCAUGCUCCUGUCUCGUAUCCGUCGCCAACAGCCAGUGCUGUCAGAGAUCAAAGCAAUGCCGACCUGACGCCGUCGACAGUAUUUCCAGGACCGCUGCCCAACAACAAUGCGUCGACGCCAGGAUCUUCGAGCGAUCAGACUUCAGACACUCUUCCUGGUGCCCUUUCAUCCCACCAGCAGACUUUCAGCCACCUAGAUCUAGAGCUGAUACACUACUAUUCAACACAGACUUAUAUGACGUUGACGUCGAAACUCGAGGCUCACUUUGUUUGGCGUGAUAUCGUCUUUCACCAAGGCCUGAAGCACAAAUUUUUGCUUCAUGCUCUGAUGGCUACGGCCGCUCUGCACAAGGCAACAAAUCAUGCCGAAGAUACCGACACUCACGCAGCAUACAUCAAAGUAGCAUUUCAGUAUCAAAAUCUUGCGCUUGCAGGCUACAUACCGGAGUUGAGUCGUCCAAACGAAGAGAACGCCAUCGCCCUGUUCAUACUUUCUGCAUUGCUGACAAUAUGGCUGUUUGGCUCAAAGAAACUCCCCGAAGCUCUCAAUGGUGUAAACCUCACAGCUUCGCCAAACUUCCUGCCACGCGUGAUGAGGACCGGACACGAGGAAGAAAAAACCCCGGAUUUUCUUGAGAUUCUGACCUUAGUGCAAGGCAUAAACGCUGUGAUCAAGCAAACCAGGCAAUGGCUUCGUGGUGGAGAAAUUGAGCCGCUCCUGAAGCCUCCACGAGACUCAGAUCUGCCUCCGAACCCUCCAGACAUACAGACGUCCUUUCAGAAACUGCGUUAUAGGAUUGAGCAUCCCAAUGCUCGCGAUCAAAGUGCUUCGGAACAGGACUUGAAAGAAAGGAAAGACAUAUAUAUGGAGCGCUUGGAGAGCUUGAUGUAUGUGUCACGCUCUCGUACUGUCCUAGAAUACGAUCAACAAAUAUUCGCCUGGCCAGUCACUUCGGAAACUCCCUAUAUUGAUCUUAUCCGAUGUCUUGAUCCAACCGCCAUUGCUUUGUUCAUACACUGGGCUGCAUGCUUCCGCUGCCUUGAGCAUCUUUGGUGGGCUAAAGGGUGGUCUUACCGACUUAUCGAAGAUGCUAUGUCCUUGCUUGAUAGAUCAUGGGACGAUAUUUUGGCGUGGCCCAAGAAGGAAGUCGGACUCGAGUGA